AUGGGAAAAAUCGCAACGAUGGAGUACUUCCGAGUGCCACCCCGGUGGUUAUUCGUCAAGAUCACCGACGAGGCGGGCAACGUCGGCUGGGGCGAAGCAUCUCUUGAAGGCCACACCCAAGCGGUGGAAGGCUGUCUUGACGCCUGGUUCGAGAGGCAUUCUGGCCUGGAAGCUGACGACAUUGAGCACAUUUGGCAAAUGUCAUGGCGGACAACCUUUUACCGCGGCGGGCCGGUCUUCAUGAGCGCAUUGGCAGGUAUCGACAUCGCCUUGUGGGAUCUCAAGGCGAGAAAGCUGGGACUUCCCAUUUGGCAGCUUCUGGGUGGAAAAGUCAGAGACAAGCUCAAGGUCUACGCAUGGAUCGGCGGUGACCGGCCCAACGACGUGGAGCAGCAGGCACGGGCACGUAAAGAGCAGGGGUUCAAAGCCGUCAAGAUGAACGGCACCGAAGACCUCGGCUGGCUCGACUCGCCCGACGCCCUCGACGCCGCCGUCGAACGCGUCAAGGCUGUAAAAGCCCUCGGCAUGGACGCCGGCGUCGACUUCCACGGCCGCGUGCACAAGCCCAUGGCCAAGCAGCUCGCAAAGGCCCUGGAGCCGCACCGCCCGCUCUUCAUCGAGGAGCCCCUGCUGUCCGAGCACCUCGGGGGCAUCAAGGAGAUCAGCCGCCUCACGUCGAUCCCCAUUGCCCUCGGCGAGCGGCUCCACAGCCGCUGGGACGUGAAGCCGUUCCUCGAAGCCGGCUGCGUGGAUAUCCUCCAGCCCGAUAUUUCUCAUGUGGGUGGCAUUUCGGAGAUGCGCCGUAUCGCGGCCAUGGCGGAGGCGUACGAUGUUGCUCUGGCGCCGCAUUGUCCGCUGGGACCCAUUGCCUUGGCUGCGAAUGCGCAGGUCGACUUUGCGUCGCCGAAUUUUGUGAUUCAGGAGAUGAGUUUGGGUAUUCACUACAAUAGCACGGGCCAGGAUCUGACGAGUUACACUCAUAACCCAGAGGUCUGGAAGGUCACGGAUGGCUACAUUGACCUUCUUACGGGACCUGGCUUGGGCAUUGAGAUUGAUGAGGCGCAAGUUCGCGAGCUGUCCAAGGAUGCGAAGGCUUGGGUCAGCCCUGGGUUCAUCGGGCCCGGGGGAGAGAUUAGAGAGUGGUAG